GCAUGAUAUAAAGAGACAUAGAAACUUGACAUUAAUAAUCAUAUAUAGAACUGCUAGUUUAAAACAUUGGUCAAUAUUUACACCACAAUAAUAGAGACAUUAGCAUUAUUUUAUUAGGAGCUUAUACAAUACUUUAAUAUAUUAAGUACAUAUACAAUACAUAACUAACAAUUUGCAUAUACGUAUACCAGAAAAGUUCAAAUUUGUUGCAAUUUACUACUACUAUUUAAAUCAUGUAUAUUGCAUCAAUAAGAGGGAAGAAGGUGGAAGAAGACGAAGGAUCAUUGGUCAUAGUAAUAUUAUAUACAACUCCUGCACAUUCCAGCCUUGAAGUCAAACCUACACAUUUGAGAGAAUCUUCUUUCUUCUUAAACCCUCUAUAUCCAAAUCCAAUUGAGCAAUUUUUCAAGGUGGCUCCAAAUUUUUAAUGAGGAGAUAAUGAAGUUAUUUGGUAUAGUUUCAAUGAUGUAUAUGAUUAAGCAAUAAGGUUCUUUGUUCUAACUUUACCAUAAUUAAGUCCUACAAAGAUGUUGGUUUUCAAGACAGAUAAAGAAAUGCAAUUGAGAAGGAAUUUUAUGGUUCUUGGUGGUAGAUACCAAGUUAUUUGGCAAGGAUUCAAGGCUGAGAAUACCAUGGGAUGACCUAUCAUUUACAUAGAUGAUGGAUUUACAAGAUUAUUGGAUAUUAAGAUUGGUUUUUGUUGUAUAUGUUCUUUGUGUCUACAUAUUUAUCAGAUCAGCUUCUGCAAGUGAAGGGUUUGAGAGCAUAGCAUGCUGUGCUGAUUCAAAUUAUACAGAUCCAGUGACCACCUUAAAUUACACAACAGAUUACAGUUCUUUCCCUGACAAGAAAAGUUGCCGGCACCUAUCUGAAACCCUGUUACACCAAAUUAGAGCCAACAACUCCUAACAAAGUGUAUCUGAUAAGAGGCACAUUUCCCUUUAAGAAUUCAUCAAAUUCUUUCUUUGAUGUUUCAGUAGGAGUAACUCAAUUAAGCAGAGUGAGAUCAUUCGGGUCUCAGGACUUAGAAAUAGAGGGAGCUUUCAGGGCCACACAAAACUUCACAGACUUCUGCUUAGUGAAAAGGGUGGGUAGUCCCUAUAUUUCGCAGCUCGAAUUAAGGCCACUUCAUGAAGAGUACCUGCAAGGUUUACCUGCUAGUCUUCUGAAACUGAUAACCAGAAAUAACCUUGGAGGCAACAUCAGUUUCAGGUACCCUGUUGACAAGAGUGAUAGAAUAUGGAAAGAAACUUCAAGUCCAUCAUCAUCAGCUCUUGCAUUAUCUUUAAACAUCACCAAUUUUGAUCCCAAAAAUAGUAUCUUCCCUCCCCUGCAAGUCCUACAAACUGCUCUUACCCACUCUGAGAGGUUGGAGUUCAUCCACAAUGGCCUCAACACCACGGAUUAUGAAUACCACGUGUUUCUCUACUUCCUUGAAUCAAAUGGUACUCUCAAAGCAGGACAAAGAGUGUUUGACAUCUUUGUUAACAGUGAGAUCAAAGAGGGAAGAUUUGACAUAUUGAAUGGAGGGUCCAACUACAGAUACACUGUCUUAAAUGUAUCAGCAAAAGGAUCAUUGAACCUAACCUUGGCCAAGGCAUCUGGUUCCGAGAAUGGACCACUUCUGAAUGCUUAUGAGAUCAUGCAGGUACACCCAUGGAUUGAAGGGACCAACCAAACAGAUGUGGAAGUGAUUAAAAAGGUAAGAGAACAGUUAUUGGUGCAAAACCAAGACAAUAAAGUGCUGAAGAGUUGGAGUGGAGACCCUUGUAUUCUUUCCCCAUGGCAUGGAAUAACAUGUGAUCAUUCAAGUGGUCCAUCUGUUAUCACUGCUUUGGAUCUUUCCUCCAGUGAUCUCAAAGGACCAAUUCCUUCCAGUGUCACUGAGAUGACCAACUUGAGAACACUGAACCUGAGCCACAAUAGCUUCACUGGUGAAAUCCCCUCCUCAUUUCCGCUUUCUUCCUUGUUGACAUCAAUAGAUGUGAGUUACAAUGACUUAGAGGGAUCCCUUCCAGAAUCCAUUUCCUCACUGCCAAAUUUAAAAACACUAUAUUUUGGUUGCAAUGAACAUUUGAAGGAAGACAUUCCACCAAAAUUGAGCAGUUCACUAAUCCAGACAGAUGGCGGAAGAUGCAAGGAAGAAGACUCCAGACUUGAUCAAGUAGUGGUUAUUAGUGUGGUUACAUGUGGAUCACUAUUGAUUACUUUGGCUAUUGGAGUUAUUUUUGUUUGCCGUUAUAGACAUAAACUAAUUCCAUGGGAAGGAUUUGUUGGAAAGAGAUACCCAGUGACAACAAACUUAAUUUUCUCUUUGCCAAGCAAAGAUGACUUCUUCAUAAAGUCUGUGUCAAUUCAAGCAUUCACUUUGGAAUAUAUAGAGGAGGCAACAGAGAAGUACAAGACGUUGAUAGGUGAGGGAGGGUUUGGUCCAGUUUACCGGGGCAUGCUAGACGAUGAUCAAGAAGUGGCAGUGAAAGUCCGGUCAGCCACGUCGACUCAGGGAACUCGAGAAUUUGACAAUGAGCUAAACCUACUCUCUGCAAUACAGCAUGAGAACCUUGUGCCUCUUAUUGGUUACUGCAAUGAAAAGGAUCAACAGAUUCUCGUGUACCCUUUUAUGUCCAAUGGCUCUUUGCAGAAUAGACUAUAUGGGGAACCAGCAAAGAGAAAAAUAUUAGACUGGCCAACCAGACUCUCAGUCGCACUUGGUGCAGCUCGAGGGUUGGCAUAUCUUCACACAUUUCCGGGACGUCCUGUAAUACACAGGGACAUAAAAUCUAGCAAUAUACUCCUGGAUCAUAGCAUGUGUGCAAAGGUUGCAGAUUUUGGGUUCUCAAAAUAUGCUCCACAGGAAGGAGACAGUAAUGUUUCACUUGAAGUAAGAGGAACUGCGGGCUAUUUGGAUCCAGAGUACUAUACAACCCAACAGCUAUCGGAAAAGAGUGAUGUCUUCAGCUUUGGUGUGGUCCUACUUGAAAUUGUGAGUGGUCGAGAACCUCUCGACAUAAAGAGGCCACGAAAUGAGUGGAGCUUGGUUGAAUGGGCCAAGCCAUACAUAAGAGCAUCAAAGAUAGAGGAAAUUGUGGAUCCUGGAAUCAAGGGAGGAUACCAUGCAGAAGCAAUGUGGAGAGUGGUGGAAGUGGCACUGCAAUGUAUUGAACCAUUCUCCGCAUACAGGCCAUGCAUGGAUGACAUUGUCCGCGAGUUGGAGGAUGCUCUGAUCAUAGAAAACAAUGCAUCGGAAUACAUGAAGUCCAUAGACAGCCUCGGAGGAUCGAACCGCUACUCUUUCGUCAUGGAUAAGAGGGUUCUGCCCUCUACUUCAUCUACUGCAGAAUCUACCAUCACAUCACAAACCUUGUCCCUCCCACAACCAAGAUAGUAGAAUGGGUCAAUGAAAUUUUUUAUGAUUCAUUGAUUAUUGGUUUAGCCAUUAUCUUUUUAUUCUGAAAUGGCAAACCAGAGAAUAUGCUUGUGAAUGUACUUUCAUCCAUUCUGUGCAUCUUGAAACGACUACUCUCUUGCUCAUCCCCCAUUACUUCUGGUAGAAAUAUAAUUUGGGUAAAACGUAAUUGAUAUU